GUACGGCGCUGCCCCGCCCUGCCCGGCCCGGGGAGGCGGUGCCGCCGCCGCGGGACUACGGCUCCCGGCCUGCCCUGCCGAGCCGUGCCAUGGCGGAGAUCCGCGUGUUCCCGCUGUCCUGUGCCGUGCAGAGCUACUCCUGGGGCAAGCUGGGGCUGGCCAGCGAGGUGGCCCAGCUGCUGGCCAGCGGCGACCCCCUGGUCCAGAUCCAGCCCGACCUGCCCUACGCAGAGCUGUGGAUGGGCGCGCACCCCCGGGGCGAUGCCCUCAUCCGGGAUAACCGCAUCCCCCAAAAGACGCUGGGCCAGUGGAUUGCCGACAACCCCGCCUGCCUGGGAGCCAAGGUGAAGGACACCUUCCAGGGCCGCCUGCCCUUCCUCUUCAAGGUGCUGUCUGUCAACACCGCCCUCUCCAUCCAGGCGCACCCCAACAAGGAGCUGGCGGCGAAGCUGCAUGCCCAGUUCCCCGAGCACUACCCCGACGCAAACCACAAGCCUGAAAUGGCCAUUGCGCUCACCCCCUUCGAGGGCUUGUGCGGCUUUCGGCCGGUGGAGGAGAUCGUCUCCUUCCUUCAAACCGUCCCCGAGCUGCGGGCGCUGAUCGGGGAGGUGGCGGCGGAGCAGCUGGAGCGCAGCGGGAGCGACGACCCCCGCGGCGUCUCGGCCGCCCUCCGCGUCUGCUUCACCCGCCUGAUGAAGAGCGAGAAGAAGUUCUUCGUCGACCAGCUGAACAUGCUGGUGAAGAGGAUCUCCCAGGAAGCAGCAGAAGGGAAGGACACGUCAGGGAGCAAUGGGGACCUGCUGCUGCGGCUGCACUCGCAGUACCCAGGGGACAUCGGCUGCUUCACCAUUUAUUUCCUCAACCUGGUGCGGCUGGAGCCGGGGGAGGCCAUGUUCCUGGGGGCCAACGAGCCCCACGCCUACCUGCACGGAGACUGCGUGGAGUGCAUGGCGUGCUCAGAUAACACGGUGCGUGCCGGGCUCACCCCCAAAUUCAUCGACGUCCUCACCUUGUGCGAGAUGCUCAACUACACGCCGGCGCCCAGCAGCUCCAAGAUCUUCCCGGCUGCGCAGAGCCCGCUCGACCCCAGCGUCUACCUCUACGACCCCCCCGUGCCAGACUUUGCCAUCAUGAGGAUAGAGAUCCCCGCCUCAAUUAAGCUGUACCUCGUCUCCGCCGUGGACUCCGCCAGCAUCUUGCUGGUGAUCCAAGGGACAGCCGUGGGCACCUCCACGGCCGCAGCAUCCGAAAUGACCCUACAGCGCGGCUCCGUGCUCUUCAUCUCUGCCAACGAGAGCAUCUCCCUCCAGCUCUCCUCGCCCGACGGGAUGCUGCUCUUCCGAGCCUGCUGUCUCCUCUGAGCGGGACCCGGGACGCUUCCCCCAGCGCUCCACGUUUGAGUAGAUAGAAACUGGCCGGGGUAAAGCCAUCUCACUUGGAAGUUUCCCCUCCAUCUAUUAAAUCCCCCCAAACAGCCCCCACCUGAUGUGUAGAGAGCAAUUCCACAAAUCGACUCCUUGGAUGUGGCACAGAGCAGAGCGGGCAGAGGAAAAGCAUCUCCCCUCGCAGCUCGGUAGCCAGGUCCCUGCAGCAUCAUCCCCUCUGGGUGCUGCUAAUGCCACAUGGCGACUCCUUUUAUUAUUUUUUAACCCACUUCCUUCUUGCCAAGAAGCAGCAGGGAGGCCCAAGGUCUGCACCCUGGGUCUGGAGCACCUCUGGCUUCCAGGAGCUGCUGCUCCCUCCUGCGAAUGUGACGCUGAAGUUUUCUGCUGCUCCCGGGUGCCUGGUAGGCUCUUUCUGAGCCAUAUCACCCCUUCCCCGGCUGUAAAAGUGGGCUGCGUGGUGGGGUGAUGGACCUGGAGAGCCUCCGGUGCCGUGAAUAAAGUGGUGACCUUGUCUUCAGCGCAGGGAAA